UAAUUAAAUAAAAACGAAAAUGGAAAAUGCACUCUGUUCGGCGAUUCGAUUGAGUUCGAUUUUGUGUGUGCGUAGAAUAGAGAGUUGAAUUGGGAAAGAGGAUUCAGCAUUUUAAUUCUCUCUCGCUUACGAAAUUUCAAUUCGCCGGUGAGAGGGGUUCAGUUUGUGUCAUGUGCAUACAGCAAUCGCAUUGUUUGGAUCGGAAGUCAAUUCAAGGUGUAGAUGGAACUUGAAGCCAGCAAUCAACCCAAGCAAGAGCGUUCAAGGACAAGAUGGACAGCAUCCCUAGACAAGAUAUUUGCAGACUUGGUUGUCAAGCAGAUUCAACUGGGGAACAGACCAAACAAUGUUUUUGACAAGAAAACAUGGAAUCACAUUCGUGAUGAGUUUAAUAGGCAAACAGACCUCAAUUUCAAUAAUAACCAAUUGAGGAAGCAUCUAGACGUUCUUCGGACUCGCUUCUAUAAUUUGAAAUCUGCUUAUGAUCAAAAUAAUGACUUUGUAAUGGAUGAUUCCUGUUGCAUUGGUUUUGAACAGUGGGAAGAUAUAGGGGCACAGCCUAGGCACGAAACAGUUAAAGUGAAAGAUUGUCCCAUAUAUGAGCAACUCUGCACAAUAUUCAUUGAUUCAGCCGCUGAUGGGAAAUAUGCCCAAUCUAGUCAUUAUGAAGAGUUGGACAAAUCUAUUGGAACAGAUGCCGUUGGCUUUACUUCAUGUCCAGAAGCUAAGGUUUCACAUUAUGAAAACCCCUCAACAUCGAAACCUAUUGCAGGGAAUAUCUCAACUACUGAGAAGGUGACCAAGAAUUCUCUAGAUAGGAAAAGGAAACGGUCGUAUGAGACGCAAACUACUAGUCUGGACCAAGACACCUGCAAUGCUAUGGCAGAAGCCCUGUUAGAUAUGGUUGCUGUUUCAAGGUUAAAGGCAGUUGUUUCAAGUGUAAGUGAUGAUAAAUUUUCCAUAACAAACUGCAUUAAAGCUUUAGAUGAGAUAGAAGGCAUUGAUCAACAAAUCUACUUUUCUGCCCUUGAUCUCUUUGAGAAUCCUAGCUUAAGGGAGACAUUCAUUUCUUUAAAAAGUGUCAAGAUACGGUUGACAUGGUUACAAGGAAAAUGCAAUAAAAGUCCCUUCCAUUAGAAUAGAUUGAAGACAUUGUGAAAUCAGCUGUAAUUACUUAGUCACAAAUACUUCGUUUUAUACCCUCCUUUUUGUUUGGCUGUAAGUAACAAGGUUUUAAGUUUCAACUUUUACAACCUGCCUCAGUUGUUUAUAAGUGCUAUUUCAUCUGGACUUUACUUCCAUAGUUAUUUCUUCAGAUAUGACUUUUAUGAACCAUUUAAUUUACGACUGUCGCUCACAAAUACCAUUAUUCUAUA